UACAGGCUUGCCUACGUUCAAAGGAUUUUCAUCGAGAAAAGAUAUGCUGGACUACUUCAGUUACAAUUCUGAAGAAGUUGGCUUUGCUGUUGAAUUUGAAAACGUUGCAAUGACAGACACCGUCAUGCCCAAGAAAUUGCGAUGUGCCAUUCGUCCCAAAGGGGACCAAUAUGGGGGUUCGUGGCACACCACGGAGACCACACCCUUCGUGGCUAGUGCAGGACCAAGAGGUGGUUCCGAUCCAGACUAUGAGGACUUUGUGGUUCUGCAGCGUAUAUUUUAUGAAGCCAUCAUCAAACAUUUCAACCCGAACUCAAUACAUUUCUACCAUCCAUACAGGCUUGCCUACGUUCAGAGGAUUUUCAUCGAGAAAAGAUAUGCUGGACUACUACAGUCACAAUUCUAA